UUUUGCCAUUACCGACUUGUGUAACUUUAAACUUUGAGCCGAGCAGAACAGAGGAGCUUCCUGCAGCGGCUGUCAGCUGACAAAGUACAGACCUCUUGCUCAUCCGGCUGCAGCUCACCCGCCAUGGAGAUCUCCUUUGCAGGAAAACGAGCCCUGGUCACUGGAGCAGGAAAAGGGAUCGGCAGGGCCACGGCGCUCGCUCUGGCGCGCUGCGGGUCGAAGGUGACGGCGGUCACGCGCACGCAAGCCGACCUGGACAGUCUGGUGGCGGAGUGUCCGUCCAUCACCCCAGUGUGUGUGGACCUGGCAGACUGGGGGGCCACAGCGGCGGCCCUGCAGGACAUCGGCCCCAUUGAUCUGCUGGUGAACAACGCCGCCUGUGCCAAGCUGCAGCCCUUUCUGGAGGUCACCCCUGACCAUUUUGACCAGUCAUUCAACGUCAAUGUGAAAGCUGUGCUCCAUGUGUCUCAGAUAGUGGCUCGGGGUAUGAAGGCCAGAGGAACAGGAGGCUCUAUAGUCAACAUCUCCAGCCAGGCGUCUCAGUGCGCCCUCAAAGACCAUGCAGUCUACUGUGCCACUAAAGGAGCCCUGGACAUGCUGACCAAAGUGAUGGCUCUGGAGCUGGGACCCCAUCAGAUCCGCGUGAACAGCGUGAACCCCACAGUGGUGAUGACUGAGAUGGGCCGGCUGGGCUGGAGCGACCCUGACAAGGCCAAGAGCAUGACGUCCCGCAUCCCGCUGGGCCGCUUCGCAGAGGUGGAGGACGUGGUGAACAGUAUUUUAUUUCUGCUGAGUGAUAAGAGCAACAUGACCAAUGGAGUCACUUUGCCAGUGGAUGGAGGCUUCCUGGCCUGCUGACACCCGCCUUCAAACCUCAGCCUGACUUCAUACCUUUACACCAUUGUACACACAUAGAGGUAAAAGGGAUAGUUCACCCAUUUUGAAAAAUAUGAUGUAAUUCCACUUUCCCCCCUAGUUGUCAUGUAGGACAGUAGUGGUGCUCUCUUCCUCUCAUUGUUACUGAGUGCUGGAUGCUCCAAAUGCUAACUGUUAGCCUCCUGCCAUUGAAGUGGACUUCCCCCCAGCUAUCCAGUGUUGCUUUUCUGAGUGCGAGUGAAAUAAAGGAAGCCAUGACACAAAG